AUGCCACCUAAAACCCCAAGUCUCGUUCCGCGGUCUGAUAUGCAGUCUACUUUCAAGCUUGAAAUGGCCGAACCUCAGAGAAAACACGAAAUAUCUCCUCUCCCUAUCCAGAACAAUCAGACCGAUAUCGUGACCCCACUGCAAGUCUCAGAGAACGGCCAAUUUGUCGACUACACACAACCUUUUGCGGACGACGACGGCCUCUUCGACGAGGGUGAGCUUUUCGACGGCUGGAAUAACCCUCCUCGGGAAGAUGAGCCAGUAAUCGCCACACCUGACCUAUUUCAGUCGCCAGUUCAAUCUUCGAACCCACUCCUACAAGCGCUGUUCGCAACACUUGGCCGAGACCCUUCUCCACCCGUCCCUCCACCAUACUCUCCGACAUACUCGACACCAGAAUUCCCAUGGGGCGAUUGCCUGGUAGGAAUUGAUCCGUCGAGACUCGAAGCACCCGCUGAUGAAGAAGCUGUGGCCGAAAUCAAAAGACUCAUGCCUGGCUCGCCUACCUAUCCAAUGGACCUGGAUCGAGAGUUGAGAGCCUUUGAGACGAAUCAGCCGCUAACAUCUUUCGGAGCAAAUGAAGUCAUCUCUGGGUCUGCUCAGCAGCAACAGAACCCUGAACCACAAGCAUCCCAGAGCGAAGUAGCCACCCCUGAACAUGUUCACCAGCAACAGAACUUUGAACCACGAACUCCUCAGAACCAAAUAAUCAACCCCGGACAUGCCGCGGAGCUAGGAUUUUUUGGUCAUGCGGAAUCACUGGAAUUCCAAGCAACACCGACGCACAUCAUCCCAGCGGCACCGGUGAUGAGGAUUCCACAGUCAUACCUUGAUGAAAUGUUCCAAAGUUGGGUCGACCAGGGCAUGGUGGACCUUGCAGGCCGCUACCAUGCUAGAGGUCCAAUUGAGAGAAGAAAGUCACCACCUUCUUGUUUAGUACGAAAGGCUGUAUUCGGUACUGCAUCUCAAAAGGAAAUAAAAGGAUUCUUCUGGUGUUUCUCGAAUCUGAAGAUGAGCCAAGAGACUGCUUGA